UCGGUCGGAUAAACGAAACCAAGUCUCCAUUUUCCGUCUUAUAUCCUAUUGAUUGCAAGAUUAUUUAAUAUCUAAUCCAGUUCCAUUUUAAUUUAUAAUAAAAAACACCAUUUCAUAUUGUGAAAAAAUAAAAAUUAAAGGUGAUUUUAUUGUAAGUUCUUGUCAAGUUUCGUGAAAAUGGCAACCCGACACUUAAUUGUCAAAUUGAAAACAAAUCGCAAAAGUAACAAAAUGUAUAGAAUUGAUGGAAUUGGAAAAUUACAUUAAUAGUUACAAACAGUAAAUAAAUAGAAACUAUAAUGAUCCACAAACUAAUUGACACGAGUGACGACAUAAGAUAAAAAGGAAGAUAAAGUUUUAGUGCCAUAAAUACUGACGAUAUUGAUCAAAUAAUCACUGGCGAUGGAUUAUUGUUUACCAUGAAAAUAAUGCAAUGUUCCUUUGACUGUAUAAAUAUAUCGGAGUAAUGGGGUGCCUUCACAGUAAAAAAGAGGUUAUCGAUUUACAUCCGAAUAUUUUUCGUGUGAUGAAUAUCGAUGACAAUGGAGAAGAACUCUGUACAGGUCAAUUAGAGAUUACAGAGUCCGAUAUUGUUUUGUACAGAGAAGGAAGAGACUCUACUGUAUGGCCUCUACACUCUUUACGACGAUACGGUUUUGAAGCAGAAAUAUUUAGUUUUGAAUCAGGGAGAAGAUGUGAGACAGGAGAAGGAAUUUAUGCAUUUAGAUGCAGAAGGGCUUCUAUACUAUUUCGUACUUUACAACAACAAAUUCAAUUAAGAAAUGUCAUACAUGAUUCCGUGCCAUAUCCUGUAUCCCGAUUAACACCAUCCCCUCAGGGACGUCAAACAUUACAGGCCUCUGUAGUUCAUCGUUCGUCAAUUGAUAAUGGACAAGUAGAUGCUGCUGGACCGACUCAUAACAGCAAUCUUUCCAACAUAGCUUCACAGAACACUGUCAUGAGAAAUGCCACCCAGUCACCUAGGUCUCCAUCAAGUGCUGACAUUUUAGAAGUGAUGCCAUUAAACCCUCGUCCUCAAGCAGCUAAUAGUCAAGUUACUAAUGUGUAUCAAGUAAGGGAUUUUAAAAGAGAACAUAACAACAACCAAGAUGCAGCUACAUCUACAGACACUCGGCAUGUAUACAGUAAUGAUAUAAGUAGAGAUUUGGCCGUUCUUAGAAACACUUUGCGACAAGAAACUGCUUUGAAUACUAUGAAAGAUAUUGAAGACGAAACAAGAUACUUGGAAAGUCGCUAUAUUAAUGGAAAUGUUCCUAAAAGUUCAGUUAGUAAAACACUAUCACCAACAUUAAGUAGUAACAGCGAACAUUAUGCACAGCUCAGUAUAGAACAACAGGAAGCGGCAAGAUUGUAUGUUAAUGUUGCCCCAGCUGAUACAAAUCUAUCUGAAACUGAGAAAAAUGACCCUAUUCCCACAACACCACUGACACCUAAACAAGUUGAAUAUUGUAACUUAACUAUCAACAACAAGCAAGAAAUUAACAGUUAUGCAAACUUAUUGUUAGGGGAAAUAGUUGAGAACUCUAAAAACUUAAAACCAAGUCUUCAUUUCAAUAUUCCAGAUCCAAAUCAGAAGUUUUCUGAGUCUGAUACUUUCACUUCAUUGUCACCAGUGGAGGAACUUGAAGUUAACUAUGCUAUUCUGGAUAUAGAUUCUAACAAAGAUUGUACGAAAGCAACAAGAGAAUUAGUUUCACCAGAAAAUCAAUCUUAUACAAGUUCAAAACAUGAAAGCACCGCCUCACAUUCAUCACAAACUCGUGGGCGUUUGGUGUCUCAGAAUAGCUUUGAUAAGACAACCACAACAAACACUUUAUCAACUGUGGCACCUUUGAAUGUUGGGUAUACUACGAUUGAUUUUGAUAAAACAGUUGCAUUGACAUCUGUUGCUUCGGGCGAUAUUAGUGACUGCUCAAGAAAGACACGACACAAUUCAUGCAGUAUUGCAUGCGGCAGCCCUGCUGGGAUUGACAAAACGCAUAAAUGAAAGUAUCUAAAUAAUUCGAUUUUACAAAAAUGGUUAAAAAUAGAUUAAAUUUAUUGUACCUAAAAGAAAUAUCUGCCAAAUAUGUUAAGUUAAAAUUGUUUAGUAUAAAAUCAAAAAUAUUUUUAAUCUAGUUAGACUAUAAGCACAAUUGUAACUGUCAAAAAUGCAUUCAGAUCAAAUGAGUAGUACCAUAACUGAUUGCCAAGUACAACUUAAAUUAUAAAAGCAUUGUGGCAAAUUGCUAUUCUACCAAUUUUGUUCUUCUAUCUGUUGGUAACAUGGCAGAUAGCAACAUGCCUUCAUGUGCUCUAAAUUUUGUCUUUUAUUUAAUGUGACUAAAUUUAUUGCUUUAUGUAAUUCAAAAAGUGGAAAUGCUGAUUACAGUAAUGCUGAUUAUAGCGUAGCUUUAAGUGUUAGGACAAGGCUAAUUUGCCAAUGGCGUAGUUAUUGCCAAAGAUUUUUUAAACCUAAGUAAAAAUCAAAGACUCGUAUUUUUUUAAUUACAAUAUUUUGCAUAAUUUGUUAAACAAAUAUUUAUAAUAAAGAUGUUUUUUUUUGAAUAAGACAUUUAGUUUGUAGAUAAUAAAUGUAAGUGUAAGGUAGGCAGACUCGCCUAUAACGUCUACCUACGGCCAUCGAACAUAGUGAUAAAAAUAAAUUAGUUAACAUGUAACCAAAUGACAUUUCUGUUUUAUAUUUUAAUUUGCAUAUGUAGUGCAAUUGUCGAUUUACAACAAUAAUGUAUAAAAAUAAAAGAAAUAUAAUUUGUA